AUGGGCACAGGGGAUUAUCUCUGCAUUGCUAUGAGUGGAGGGGCGCCUUGGGGCUUUAGAUUGCAAGGUGGCAAGGAGCAAAAGCAGCCUUUGCAAAUCGCCAAGGUUCGCAGCAAGAGCAAAGCAGCUAAGGCUGGACUGUGUGAGGGAGAUGAGGUGGUGUCUAUCAAUGGCAAGCCUUGUGGAGACUUAACGUAUGCUGAAGUUAUCGUUCUGAUGGAAAGCUUGACUGACGUCCUGCAGAUGCUUAUCAAGAGAUCCUCCAAUGGAAUAAAUGAAACCUUGAGUGCUGAAAGAGAAAAUGGAAAGCACGAUAACAUAAAAAAUGAGGACUAUAGGGAGAGUACUACACUGCAAAUUAACACAGCAAAAGAGAUACCCCAUGGAGAUUUAUGCAUCACAGAGAUAUACAGUGAGACUCACCAGGGAGCAGGAGAAACCAACAUAGACUUUUCUGAAACGAAACAAGAGACCACACAAAGCCACAGAAUUACUCCUAAAGUGACAGGCACCUCCAAAGUGCUCGUGACAGAUGAGGCUGCUUUCAGAGGGAAGACAGAAGAAAGAAGGCCAGGUACUAUGGUUGAGCUGCAGUUGUCCCUCUCAAAUGACACGCACAAGGGCACCAAUGUUCCUGCUGUGACACUCUCAGGGGCAGAAAAACGCACCCCUUCAGGAAGAGGACCCAGUGUACAACAAGACGGGACUAGCCCUGUAAUUGCAAUUCCCCUGGGUGUGAAAGAGGGCAACAUCCAGUGGUCAAGCAAAGUAGUCCAGUUUUCCAGUGGCAAAGAGGUCAAGAGGAUCCAAGGUGCAGCUCCAUCUCUCCCCAGGGUGGAGGUGAUCCUAGACUGCUCAGACAGGGAGAAGGAAGCACCCAGGUCUCUAGCUGAAAGGGGGUGUGUUGAUUCUCAAGUGGAAGGAGGGCAGUCAGAAGCACCUCCUUCCCUCCUCUCCUUUGCAAUCUCAUCAGAAGGCACAGAGCAGGGAGAAGACAACCAGCACUCGGAAAGGGAUCACAGACCUCUCAAGCACAGGGCAAGGCACGCAAGGCUCCGGCGAAGUGAGAGUCUGUCAGAGAAGCAGGUCAAAGAAGCCAAAUCUAAAUGUAAAAGUAUUGCAUUGCUGCUGACAGCAGCUCCCAAUCCCAAUUCCAAGGGGGUGUUGAUGUUCAAGAAGCGUCGUCAAAGGGCAAGGAAGUAUACUUUAGUUAGCUACGGUACUGGGGAGUUAGAACGUGACGAAGACGAGGGUGAAGAAGGUGAAGGUGAGGAGGGGGACAAAGAAAACACUUUUGAAGUGAGUUUGCUUGCAACAAGUGAGUCAGAAAUAGAUGAAGAUUUCUUCUCUGACAUUGACAACGACGGUAAGAUUGUGACAUUUGACUGGGACAGUGGUCUACUUGAGGUUGAAAAGAAGAUAAAAAGUGGAGACGAGAUGCAGACGCUUCCAGAGACCACAGGUAAAGGGGCCCUCAUGUUUGCUAAGAGACGGCAGAGGAUGGAUCAGAUUACAGCUGAGCAAGAGGAGAUGAAGGCACGCACAGUGCACACAGAGGAACAAAGGGAAGCCACCGUGUCAGAGAACUUCCAGAAAGUAAGCUCUUCAGUCUAUCAAACAAAAGAGGAAGAAAUGUCAAGACAGCAGACCUGUGUGAGCAAAAGCUACACAGACGUGAGCCAGAAUCAUAGCAAAAUUGUACAACAAAAUGGCUUUGGCUUAGCACCAGACACAAGCCUCUCUUUUCAGUCCUCUGAAGCUCAAAAAGCAGCAUCUUCGAAUAAAACAGCUAAACCCUUCCCUUCUGGGGUUCAAAACCGAGCAGCUGCACCAUUUUCACCCAUAAGAAAUGUCGCUAGUCCUCUUUCAGAUAUACCAGCACCACCUCCUUACUGCUCUGUUAGCCCACCACCCGAGGCUUUAUACAGACCUGUUUCAGCUCCUGUAGCCAGCAGAGCUGUCCCAAAUGUGUGGUCACCCACUGAGCCAACAGAACACAUAGCAUCCAGAGAUGAAAGGAUUGCAGUGCCAGCCAAAAGAACUGGGAUACUACAAGAGGCAAAGAGAAGAAGCACUUCAAAACCUAUGUUCACUUUCAAAGAAGCACCCAAGGUCAGUCCUAAUCCUGCCCUGUUGUCCCUUGUGCACAAUGCAGAGGGCAAAAAAGGUACUGGAGCUGGUUUUGAGUCAGGACCUGAAGAAGACUACCUCAGUUUGGGAGCAGAAGCUUGCAAUUUCAUGCAGACUCAAGCAUCUAAACAAAAGGCCCCUCCUCCUGUUGCUCCAAAGCCUUCACUCAAGGUCUCUCCUCCUGCUGAUACUCCAGUUUCACCAGUUUGGUCACCUUCAGCUGUGGCUUCUAACAAAGCUCCUUCUUUCCCAGCACCAGCCUCACCUCAUGCAGCAUAUCCGGCACCACUCAAAUCUCCACAGUAUCCUCAUUCUCCUGUCCAUCCCCCAAGUACUCUCAACCUAGCUGGUCCUUUCAAAGGGCCUCAGGCAACCCUAGCGAGCCCAAACCAUACACCCAAGACACCAGUCACACCAAGUGCUGGAGAAACAAAGCCACCCUUUGAGAUGCCACCAGCUAUGAGUGGAAAAGGAGCACAGCUAUUUGCCAGAAGGCACUCUCGAAUGGAGAAGUAUGUGGUAGAUUCAGAGACUGUGCAGGCAAACAUGGCACGAGCCUCAUCUCCAACUCCAUCUUUACCAGCUUCUUGGAAAUAUUCAUCUAAUGUCCGAGCACCUCCACCUGUUGCUUAUAAUCCCAUCCACUGCCCAUCUUAUCCUCCUGCUGCUACCAAGCCCUCCUCUAAGUCCACUGCUGCUACCAAAAAUACAAAAAGAAAACCUAAGAAAGGUCUCAAUGCUUUAGAUAUUAUGAAACAUCAACCCUAUCAACUCGAUGCAUCUUUAUUUACUUUUCAACCUCCUAGUAGUAAGGAAAGCCUUGCUAUUAAGCAGACAUCGAAGCUGUCCACUUCAAAGCAAGCUCUACCUUUAAGACCACCUAGUGCUGGCUCUCCUACUAAUGCCCGGGCAUCUUCAGUGUACUCUGUGCCAGCCUACAGUUCACAACCUUCGUUCCAGUCAAACGCCUCUAUCCCAGUAAAUGAAUCAUAUGCACCUACCGGCUACUCUGCAUUUUCUAAGCCAGAAACCACCACAUCUUUGUUUACUGCUCCGAGGCCAAAAUUUUCAGCAAAGAAAGCUGGCGUCACUGCACAGGAAAGAAGCAGUGGACGCUCAUUAUCACUUCCUGGGAGACCUUCUUCAUUCAUUUCUCGAGCCAUGUCUCCUACUUCUCCUCUUAUAUUUCAGCCUGCCCCUGAUUACUUCAGCAAGCCAGAGACAGCAGCCGACAGGCCUGGCAAGAGACUGACGCCCUGGGAAGCAGCAGCAAGAUCCCCUCUUGGCCUAGUGGAUGAAGCUUUUGGGCCCCAAAACAUGCAGGAAUCCAUUGCUGCUAACGUAGUGUCAGCUGCUCGCAGGAAAACACUUCCUGAGCCACCAGAUGAAUGGAAACAAAAAGUUUCUUGUGAGCCUCCAGCCCCAAGUGCUAGUGUAGCCUUAUUAGGAGGGAAGCAAUCGGGUGUUCUAUCACCCCCUAAAAGCUCCCUCUCUGCCCCAAGUGCCACCACGCAGGCUGGCUCUCAGCUGCAGUAUGCUUACUGCAGUCAACGGUCCAGAACAGAUCCUGAUAUAAUGUCCAUGGAUUCCAGGUCUGACUAUUGCUUGUCAACAGCUGAUUCAAACUAUAAUCCACAGCCAAGGGGAUGGAGGCGUCCAACAUGAGCAGCUGAAGGGCCUGGCAUGUUUUCCCUUCUUCCAGCUUUACAAGCCUUAGAUUUCAGUUGGAGAAGGAAAGUUUCUUGCCGGCCUGACCAUCUCUGAACUAAAGAAAAGAGGCAAAAUUGAAUGGAGCACAGUUUUCACAUGACUGCAGGGCUAGCAGCCUCUAGAAUAGACUCAGUUUUGCGCCUAAGCUAAGAUUGUUCUGUUCGUGAAAAGGAAAAAAUACACAUUUCUUGGGGUGAGGGGUGGGAUGAAAGUGGGGCAACCAAUGUGCUCGAUACAAAAAUCUAGAACAGAUGCAGAUGAAGACAGUACAAGUGCUUGCAGUUAAGUUAAUGUG